GGGACGAGGUACCUGACUAGAUGCUUUUGUAGCCCUUUUUCUUUUGCAUGUGGUGACUGACUGUAUCUUUUCGAUGAGAAAACCAAUUGCCCUUCCUUGAACUGUACACAUACGGCCCUGACUCCGGUACCCUCCUAAUAUCUCAGCAUGCUUCUCUUCUGCCCGCUCUGCUCCAACAUCCUCACCGUCUCCGCCAUGGAGACGGGUCGCAACCGGCUGGAGUGCCGCACCUGCCCGUACGAGCACCCCAUCGACCAGACCAUCUACUCGCGGCGCAACUUCGUCCGGCAGGAGAGGGAGGACGUCUUCGGCGGCCCGGGGGCCUGGGAUAACGCCCAGAAGAGCAGGCAGCAGUGCCCCGCCGAGGGCUGCGACGGCGAUGAGGCUGCCUUCUUCCAGGUCCAGAUCCGCAGCGCCGACGAGCCUAUGACGAGCUUCUUCAAAUGCAUGACCUGUGGGAAUCGCUGGAGAGAGAACUAGUGUGGUUGGGAUGAGCGGCGGAAGAGGGUCAAUUAUACCAGUGGAUUUCACAGGCAUUGCGUGGUGUUGGGGCUGAUCAGAAAUUUUGUUUUGAUUAUGGGUAUCAUUUGCCCCGAAUGGGGGCCUCGUUUUCCAGUUUCCUUGAUGGUUGCGCCGUGUUCCGGAAUCCAUCCAUACAUAGCCAAUCCUCGUCUAUAUUCCUUGAC